CUGUUCUUGCAGACAAAAAUGCAAGACGUUUACGUUUACAUAUUUAGUUUUUAAAAACACAAAAAAUGAGCCAAUAUAGUAACAUUAAGUACACGACAUCGCCAACGCCAUCCGUGGUGUCUGGCUAUUCGAGCGCAUCGCGUCUGCAUUCGCCUCUGCCGCCGCCCAUUGGAUAUCGCAAGGAUUGCCUCUCGGCAACAUCAAAAAGCUACAAAUAUCUGCGGCGGCUGCUCAAAUUCAAUCAAAUGGACUUUGAAUUUGCAUUCUGGCAAAUGAUCUACUUGUUUAUAGCGCCACAAAAGGUGUAUAGAAAUUUUAACUACAGGAAGCAAACCAAAUCUCAAUUUGCCCGCGACGAUCCCGCAUUUCUGGUUCUGCUGGUCAUUUGUCUAUGUGUUACCUCUCUGGGCUUUGCAUAUGUACUGGGCCUGUCCAUUUGGCAAAGCAUUUCCUUUAUUUUCUAUGUGGUUUUCGUCGAUUGCAUAUUUGCUGGCAUCAUAAUUGCAUCAUUCUUUUGGGUGGUUUCCAACCGUUACUUGCGCACCAAUAAUCUGGAGCCGGACAUUGAGUGGGGCUAUGCAUUUGAUGUCCAUCUGAACGCCUUCUUUCCGCCGCUGAUGCUAUUGCAUUUCAUACAGCUGUUCUUUUACAAUUGGCUUAUAAGCCAGACUUGGUUCAUAUCACGAUUCCUGGGCAACUCCUUUUGGCUGAUGGGCAUGGGGUAUUAUGUGUACAUCACUUUCCUGGGCUACAACUGUAUUCCACAUUUGAAGAAUACGCGCCUCAUACUCAUUGCGCUGCCCAUUAUCUUUCUCUUAUAUCUUGUCGUUACUAUCAUAGGCUGGAAUGCAACAAUUUCGUUUGUAAACUUCUAUAAAUAUCGCGUCUAUUGAUGAUUCAAGUGACGUGGAAUGUAAAUUAUUUUGCUUCUUAGCUGCUAGGCGCUCCCUACAAUAAUGACUUAUAAUACUAACUACUCUAGCAUAAUCCAUGUUAAUAUAUAU